CUAUGUACCCACCCAAAAAUUCCGCGGUUGUUGACCCUGACUUCUGUCAAAUAAUAAUAUUUUUUGGUUAAAAAGAAACUUGUUUGGUUUUCAUAUUAUGUUAUUAUUUAUGUAAUAAUAAACUCCCACGAUUGCCGGCCGUGAAGGAAAUGUGACAAAACAACUUUCGCGCGCGUUAUUAAGUUAACUGUGACGCAUAUAAACGUUAACUUGCAAAAUCAACAUUUCAAUAGAAAAGUGCAUCGCAGUGUUUUCAAACGGUUAUUUCAGUACGAAUUAGUGCGAAAAUGGAAAUGAACGAAGAAUACCACGACCCAGACUAUCCCGAAGUGCCCGCAUGUGUUAAAGAAGAGAUCCCAACUCUUACCGAAGACGAGAAAGUAUCGAAAAUCAAACAAAUAGUACGCCGCGAAUUUAGGAAGGAGUUGGACGCAAGAGAAGGUGAAGUGGCGUUGAUAGAUCAAAGACUGCUGAAAGCUCGGAGAUACUUGCACCAGCUGCGGUGUGCUCUGGUGCUGAACUACUACAAUGAUCAGAAGCUGCAGAUGAGCAUCAACCAGAUUGAAGAUGAGGUUGCUUCACAGAGCGAGCCCAGGGCUAGGUCUGAGGUAUCGAGCAUCCUGCGCGACAGCCAACGUGGCCUGCACCCGUCGGUCCGCAAGCUGUUGGGCAAGAAGACAGCUGACAUGGAUGAGAUCUUCCGGUGCCGCUCGCCUCGGAACAAGACACGGGUGGACUACUGUGCUAUGGCCCACGCGAAAAACGUGACCAUAUCAGCAGACGCAACCAAGUCCCUCCGGCCCGCUACAGAAGAGCCCAUCAAGCAGGAGGAAGAGCCACAUUGCAGCACAGCAAUGCCACCGAAGAAGGUGCCUCGACACCUGGACCCUAAAGUGGAUAAUGUUCUCACUUUGGAUGGAGUCACUCGGAAUAAGCAGAAGCAUCGAUACAGGAUCAUCAUUGGCAACACGUCGAAGUACAUGCCGCCCGCGUCGCGCGCCGACCGCUCCACGCACAAGUGGCUGCUGUACGUGCGCGGGCCGCCGCUGCAGCCGGACUUGGCGCGCGUCGUCACGGCGGUCACCGUGCGCCUGCACCACUCCUACGCGCCGCACCACGUCGUCGUCAUUGACAAGCCGCCGUUCCAAGUGUCGCGACGCGGCUGGGGCGAGUUUCCUGCGAUGCUCACCCUUCAGUUUGCCCUACCACACCGCAACCGCCCCGCCACACUCACACACACCAUCAAGCUGGACCGGAACUACACUGGCCUACAGACUUUAGGAGCAGAGACAGUAGUAGACGUGUGGUUAUAUAGCACACCGGAAAUGUUACCAUUCGAAUACAAGACUGACCAGGAAUCUUCAAUAAAAUCUGACGAACAUACCGAAGAAAUAAUAAAAGAUAUAAAAGCUGAACCACUUAGUGAAAUUAGUGAAAACACUGAAAUUAUCGAAAAUAAUGAUGAAGUCACUGAAACCAGGCAAACUGACACAGACGAAUGGCUCAACUUCUUCACGAAUGACACAACAGAGGUGAAUGUUGACGAAAUGUUUGUCAAAAAUGUUAAAAAGGAACAAAACUCAGAAGAACUUAACCAGAUUCCAACUACAGAUGGAAAUGUUGUACAAACAUCGCCUAAAGAUUGCAAAUCUAAUCAAAUAGUGACAAACGAUUUGAAAUUUAACCAAAUUCUGACAAAAGAGAACCAUAACCAAAAUGAGCCAAACGAUAACAAAAUUGACUACAUAGCAAAAGAUCCAAAAAUUAGUGUUAAAAUUGAAUCACUAGAUGAUCCAAUGACAAAUGGCGAUCAUGAAUAUGAAACAAACGAAGCAGAUUUUCAACCAAAUGAAAUAAACUACUUAAAGCGAAUAGUUAAAUACAUGGAUCCUAUAUCAAGAAAAAUCUACUAUCUAGAAGUGGAUAGAACGUUAGAUUUAAACAAAAUACAAGAAAUUGUAAUCAAUUCCCAAGGAAAAAUGAAAACAGCCAAAGUUAGCCCAAACAAAAUCAACGGUUUAAGAUUCGUUAGAAAGAAAAAAGGUGAAUCUUUGCUGAAACCUGAAAUAAAAAACCAAUUAGUGAAAAAACCGGAUAUAAAUAACCAAAUAGUUAUAAGCAAUGGUUUUGACCAUAUCAAAAACGAUCAUUGUUACUUAGCAAAUGAUUGGUGCAUACAAGAACCAAAAAAGGGAGUUUCAAAAGACUUUUUAAAUGACAUCCAGCUAACUAUGACAAAGUUAACAUGUCCAAGGGUAACAGUUAAUUCUUUGUUGAAGAAAAUUCCGUUAAUAAGUCAAGAAGUAAAGGACACAGAUUUUGUCAAAUGUUUUCCAUUUGUUGUGGGUAGUCAUGAAAAAUAUUGGAAAUUAGACUUCGCCAAGAGGAGAAAUAUCGAGUGGUCCAGAGCGAAAUUAAUAAACAAAAUGCUACAGGAGAAAUUUAAAAACAAUCCAGAAAAUGUAUGGAGAACAAAACAAAUCCUAGUCUACUCACGGUUACAUGGCUUUUUCCCAGUUAGGCCUGAAACCAUAGAGAAUAAACCGGAACACCUAGAAGCCAACGAGUGGUCAUCAUGGAAUGAUCUGGAAAAUUUGAGGAUAUCCGAAUCAAAUAUAAGAGAGUUAUACCCCAAGUCUGCAGAUUUGUGUAGUAUGGUAGCAUUCGAAAGUGACAAUUUCAUUUGUAAAGAUGACAGUGAUGUAGAUUUAUGUGAUUCUGAUGAGGAAAUUGACAUUAUUGGUGAUGUUAAACCUGUGAAAGUGAAAAGUGAAGUGACGUCAGAGUGCGAUGACAGUUUGACAGCGUUGCCAGUGAACAAUGAGGAAAGGCUGAGGUUUCUCUUUAUAGAGAGAAUGUGCAGUGACAUUGGGCUGGAGUUGAGGAAUGAAGAUAUUGGAAAUGGACAUUCUUAUAGUGCUGUACAUUGCGUGCUACUGUCAGCUAUGAAGUCCUUCGCCGAGGAGCUGAUCCGAGAGGGACUGGCUGACCAGCUCGCCUUCUCCAACGACCCACAGUUACCCAAUGUUUGGAUAGGGUCGUCGUCUCGCUGCGGGCUGCGUAUGGAGCACGUAUACCGCGGCGUGCAGCGCUCGGCUCGCCUGCGCGCGCUGUGCGCCGCCGGCCGCCCCGCCGCCGCGUCCGCACACGGCGCGCUAUAAUACACUGUGUGACGCA